CUAGUAGCCAAAAGCUUGAGGAGGAGAGGGGAGAUCUCGAAGUUUUUUUUUCCGAAAGACAAAGAAGGCAAAAGGAAAAAGACUUACCAAAUCAAGAGAGAGGCGAGAGGAAAGAUAGAAAGGGCAGUUGAAAAUACACACUAAGGUCGUAUGUGUUCAACACCUAAAGAAGAAAGCAUUAGUUGGAUGGUUCAAUGUUAUUCCACUUUAUAUUCAUGUCCUAACCUAUGUAUCUUGAGAGACAUUGAUUUUUUAUUUUAUUUUUAUAAAUGAUUUAGCCAUUGUUUAAAACUUACUUUAUCAAUUCUCUUCAUCGACUAUCAGGAAGUCCAACAAAUUAGAAAAAUUUUAAAAAAAAUCUAAAAGAUUAAAAGGAAAGCGCUGCCUUCCCUCUCCUUUUCCAGGAAACAUAAACCCUUCAAGCAGCAACAAGAUCCCGAUUUUCAAAGACUCGAUAAUGGAUGAAUCUGAGCAGGACCCAAGAAGACUGACUUCCACAUCGUCUUCUUCUUCAUCCACAACAAGCGUUCACGUCACGGCCUUGGACGGCCUGGUAAACGUCAACUCCCUCUUCACCAUCGCCGUCUUCGUGGGCCUUUCUUUAACCACGCCAGGCCAACAUAGCCUCGAGAAUCGAGCCCCCUGCGACGCCGGCAUCGACUUUGCGAAAAAGCUCUUGGUUUUCGAGGUAGUCUCCUUCAGUUUCUUCCUAUUCUCGUCCCUGGUAGCUCAGGGUUUGAAGCUUGCCAUCAACUUGUUGAACAGCAAAGACGUGGACGAAGCUAUCAGGGCCCACAUUAACCUUAAAGUUCUGAGGUUAGGGAUGAUGGGGUCGGCGGUGGGGUCGGUUAUGGGGUGCUUGUUUUUGAUGCUUUCGAUGGUGAAUGUGAUCGAGAUCCGAUUGGGGAUGUUGUCUUGUGGGAGUAAGUCUGCGGUUCACUCAGUCACGGCUUUAGUUCUUCUGGUUUCUUCUGCUCUCUUGGUUUACAUUUCCACUGCUGUUUAUGCUUUCUUGCAUUGAUGGAAUGAAAGAAAAUAGGAUGCCCAUAAUUAUCAAGUUUAAUCUUAGUUUUGGAAACAACAUUGUGUUGUUAUCUUCUCGUUGAGUUGGGGACAUAUGUUCAAGUAUUAAUUUGAAUUUUAGUUCUAGUUUACCGGGAAAUGUUUACCCUUGAUUUACAA